GUUAUGCCAUCCGUUUUGAAGACUGUACAUCAGAGAAGACUGUAAUAAAAUACAUGACGGAUGGGAUUCUUCUGAGGGAAUCUCUGCGGGAGUCAGAUUUGGACCACUAUAGCGCGGUAAUCAUGGACGAGGCCCAUGAGCGCUCCCUCAACACUGAUGUGCUCUUCGGGCUGCUCCGAGAGGUGGUGUCUAGACGCUCGGACUUGAAGCUCAUUGUCACAUCUGCCACCAUGGACUCAGACAAAUUUGCAGCAUUCUUCGGCAAUGUUCCUAUUUUCCACAUUCCUGGCAGGACGUUCCCAGUGGAUAUCUUGUUCAGCAAGGUUCCUCAGGAGGACUAUGUGGAGGCGGCUGUGAAACAGUCCUUACAGAUUCAUCUCAGCGGGAUGGUGGGUGACAUCCUCAUCUUCAUGCCUGGUCAGGAGGACAUUGAGAACUUGUGA